GAGGAGAGAAACCAUUUGGCCUGGAACAGUGUUAGAAACGGGGAAGGCAAUUCCGAGCUCAAGCUGACUCGCUAGGGUUUUAGACUUGAGAGAUUCAAUAUUGUUUCUCUCAUAGGGUGAAAUUCAAAUUUGGCAGUGAAAAUGAAUACUAGCGAUUCUCAGAAGGACCCGAAUGCUCUGGAGAAUCGACCCGGGAUCCUUGUGAUUGGAUCUUCCAAUGUUGGCAAACGCACACUCUUAUCCCGAUUGCUCUCUACUGAUUUUGAAGAUGCUUCCGAUUCUGCCUCUGAUGUGUCUGUCCAUGGGUGGACUAUCAAUACCAAGUACUAUACUGCUGAUGUUUCUGUAUGGAUGACUCAUCUUAGUGAUGACUUUUCUGUUCGGAACCUGCCCAUAUCGCACCAAUUGACUGCUUUGGUUAUGGUUUUUGACAUGAACGAUUUAUCUUCUCUAGCUGCACUCCAGGAUUGGGUAUCACGCACUGAUAUUCAAAACUUCGAGAUAUUAUUAUGUAUUGGAAACAAAGUGGACCUGGUUCCAGGUCAUCCAGUUCAUGCUGAAUACAGAAGACGACUACAGAAACUGAAAGACUCUGUUGUUGAUCCUUGCUCUGAGUCCACGGAGUAUGGAAUAUCUGACUCUGAAGGAACUAGUUUAUUGGGGAAUGAAGAUCCAACAUGGGAUUCCAGAAGAUCUCGUUCAGAAUGGUUCACUGAGCAUGGCAUUGAAUUCAUUGAGGCGUGCGCUUCCAAUGCCAAUUUUGACAAAUGCUUGUCUGUUGAUGGUGAUUCACAAGGAGUUGAACGGUUAUUUGGUGCUCUUUCUGCUCAUAUGUGGCCUGGGAUGAUCUUAAAGUCUGGUGAUAAAAUAAGUGAACCAUCAAUACCUCAGAAAGAGUCUUCUUCAGAAGAAUCUGAUUAUGAAUUGGAGUAUGAAGUCCUAUCUGAUGGUUCAGCUGAUCCUCGGGAUGACACAGAACAAAGAUGGGUUUCUGCUACUCCCGUAGAUGCUGGAAAAUCAGUUUCACAAAACAACCCCAUCUCAGAUUCUGAACUCAAAGAUGGAACCAGGUCUGAUAAACAUUUACAACCAUCAACUUCAAGCACUGUAUUGCAGGAUGAGGGUGACAAGGAAGUUGGGGAUUCUGAAGAAGAUGGGGUAUCAGGCAAAGGUCUUGACUUAGAGGAUUUGGAACAGCUAAUGUCAGAGAUAGGCAAUAUGCGUGCUGGCUUAAGACUGAUGCCUGAUUUCCAGAGAAGGGAAAUGGCUGCAAAGUUGGCCUUGAAAAUGGCUUCCGUGUUUGGGGGAGGUAGCGACGAUGAAGAUGAACUGUAGAGAAUAAAUUGUCUUCUGCUUAUGAGAUUCUGAUAGAUGUGUCUGAUGAAUGUCAUUGUUUGGAAUCUUAUAAGCGCCAUCUCUCUUA